UUUACGACGGCAGCAGCUAUGGCGGCUGCCAGUGGUCGUUUUGAAAGUGCGAGAAGUAUCGAGGAGCGUAAGGAGCAGACCCGGAUCUCCAGGGCCGAAGUGUUGCGCCAGGCCAAAGCCAAUUUUGAAAAGGAAGAAAGGCAUAAAGAACUUAAACGACUUCGGGGUGAGGAUACUUGGAUGCUACCUGAUGUGAAUGAGCGGAUUGAACAAUUCUCACAGGAACACUCUGUGAAGAAAAAGAAGAAAAAAGACAAGCAUUCAAAAAAAGCAAAGAAAGAGAAGAAAAAAAGGAGCAAGAAACAGAAGUAUGAAAAAAAUGAUGAGUCAACUGAUAGUUCAUCAAGCUCUGAAGAUGAGUGGGUUGAGGCUGUUCCAUCCCAGACUCCUGGCAAGGAAAAAGCCUGGAAACUGAAAGGUGAAAAGUCAGACAAAGAAGAUAACAACCAAGGUAUUCAGAGGGAUGAAUGGAUGACUCUUGAUUUUAUGUCUGUUAAAACUGUGUCGUCAUCAUCACUCAGAGCUGAAAAGGAAACUGUAAAGAAAAUAGAGCAAGAGAAGGCCCAAGCACUUGAACAGUCCAGGCUGCAGGAAAGAGAAUUGAAUCCAUACUGGAAGGAUGGCGGGACAGGUCUUCCACCAGCAGACUGUACUACGUCAUCAGUUGCUAAAGUUUCAGUAAUAGAAGAUGGUGGAUUAAGCUGGCUAAGGAAGUCCUAUCAAAGAAUGAAGGAACAAGCUGAGAGGCAAAAUAGAAAUUUUGAAGACAUUGUCGCUGAAAGAUAUGGGUCCAUGGAAAUAUUUCAGUCAAAAUUAGAUGAAGCUGAAAAAACUGCAUCCACAAAAGAAGACUGUAGACGAGAACGUUGGAGGAAGCCAGCACGUUCAGAAAAAGCACAAAGUGGUCAAGAAAGUAGAAAAUCAGACUUGAUACAAUCUAAUAAAAGUUCAAGGGAUAGAUACAGUUCAACAGGUAUUACUAGUAAUGAAGAUAAGUUUCGUGGUGAUGAAAAAGAUAAUAGAUCUGGGUCUUCAGAAACAUACAGAAGAGACUUUAAUUCAAGGCAAAAUAAGGAGUUUUCUUCUCUUGGAAAUUUGAGAACUAAAUUUUUAAGACCUUCUGAUGACGAAGAACUUUCAUUUCACUGCAAGAGCAGAAAUUUUGAACCAUCUGGUUCAUCUUCAGCACUGGCUUCUAAGGGUUCUGUGCAUUUUGGUUUUCAAAAACCCACAGAGAACAGCAAAGAAAGCUUAUCAUCACAGGUUCAUUCUGAUGAGAGAGGAAAGAGGAAACAUUCAAAUCAAAAGCCAUUAGAAACCUGUCAUGUUGACUAUGGACACAUUUCGGAAGAUGCAAGAGAAAAAUCACAGAAUGAAAGCUUGAGGGAUGACUCUCUGAAAAAAGAAUGUCUACAGAACACCGAGUCUUCAUUUGCUGGUAGAAGUAGUCCAGAGGAUGAGUCGGUCCACUUCCUGAGUGUUGAUGAGAAGAACAAGUUGGGAGCCAAGAUUAUCAAGGCAGAGAUGAUGGGAAAUAUGGAAUUAGCUGAACAUCUUAAAGCCCAACUUGAAAAGGCAAAUAAAUUCAAAGAAACUGUAACACAGAUAUCAUCAAAAAAGUCUGGGGUAGAGGGUGAAGACCAGCGAGAAGUGAUUCUCAUGAGCACAGAUCAGUUGGGAAGAGUCUGGCCUGUGAACACACCAGCAAAAGCUCUGGAAUCUAAAGGAGGAAGAAGGAAGAGACAGAUGGCUUCAACCCAUGAGGAAAAAGAAAGGGUCAGAUACUUCCAUGAUGAUGAUAAACUAAGCCUAAAUGAUUUAGUCAAGAAUGAGAAGAUGGGAACUGCAGAAAAUCAAAACAAACUUUUUAUGAGAAUGGCAUCUAAGUUUAUGGGAAAAACAGAUGGAGACUAUUAUACGCUGGAUGACAUGUUUGUCUCCAAAGCAGCCGAGAGAGGACAUUUCGGCGAAGAGGAAGAGAACCAGAGGAAAAAAGCUAUUGCCGAACACCGGAGUCUUGCUGCACAAAUGGAAAAAUGUCUGUAUUGUUUUGACAGCUCUCAGUUUCCCAAGCACCUUAUUGUUGCAAUAGGUACUAAGGUAUACUUAUGUUUACCCAAUUUUCGAUCUCUUACCGAGGGUCACUGCUUGAUAGUCCCUUUGCAGCACCACAGAGCAGCCACCUUAUUGGAUGAAGACAUCUGGGAGGAAAUUCAGUUGUUUAGAAAAUCAUUGGUAAAGAUGUUUGAAGAUAAAGGAUUGGACUGCAUCUUUUUAGAAACUAAUAUGAGCAUGAAGAAACAGUAUCAUAUGGUUUAUGAAUGCAUUCCUCUUCCGAAAGAAGUGGGUGAUAUGGCUCCCAUCUACUUUAAGAAAGCCAUAAUGGAAUCUGAUGAAGAAUGGUCUAUGAACAAGAAAUUGAUUGAUCUCUCUUCAAAAAAUAUCAGAAAGGCUGUACCCAAAGGCUUACCGUAUUUCUCUGUGGAUUUUGGCCUCCAAGGAGGGUUUGCUCAUAUCAUUGAAGAUCAACACAAAUUUCCUCAUUACUUUGGAAAGGAAAUCAUUGGUGGGAUGCUGGAUAUAGAACCAAGACUUUGGAGGAAAGGGGUCCGAGAAAGCUUUGAGGAUCAGAGGAAGAAAGCACUGCAGUUUGCCCAGUGGUGGAAACCAUUUGACUUCACCAAAAGUAAAAAAUGUUGAGUCAUACCUUUCCAGUUUUAUUUCCUCUUCAGAUUUUUUUCAGCUUUAUUUCCAUAGCACCGUCUAAACCAUUGACCCUUGGAUCAUGGGGAAAGUCCUGCUCCAGAUCUCUGACAGCUGUGCAUCAUUGGAUUGUGUGGUUUCCUCCCCCACCUGCGCCUGUGGACUUCAUUGCAGUAACUGGACUAAGACCAGAUAUGUUGGGUGACCUGCUCACGUUUCUGUUCUGUACCCACAUCUUGGUGUUCUGAACUCGUUGGUGAAUAUAUAGAAAGACUUUUCCAAAGGAUUAGCUGAGAAGUAUAACAGAUCAUUGGUUGAGAAAGAGAUGGGUUGGCUUCAAGGUCGAGUCUAUUAAUUGACUUCUUUGAAAAUUAAGCGUUUUUAAAAUUUAAGAGUUGGCAUAUUUGCUAAUACAUGAAAUUUUUUUUGAUGACAUUUUAUAGAUCUCUUAAUCUUCUACCAGUAGUGUGUGUGUAUGUAUUUGUGUGUAUGUAUGUAUGUAGAUGUAUGUAUGUGUAUAUAUGUGUGUAUAUAUAUAUAUAUUAUCACCGUGAUUCUUUUUAUUAAAGGAAAAAGAAUGUUCCAAAGGUAAUAAAGAAUUGAAUGAA